AUGUAAUCCUUCCCUGAUUUUGUUAGCAAUGGCAAAGGUGUACCUUGAGGACGGCGACACAGAGUACAAAAAAGGACACCUUCAGAACGCUAAACACUUCUACACUGAAGGACUUCAAGUCAGCUGCAGCGAUGACCAUUUAAAUGCCGAACUCUACAGCAAAAGGGCAAAAGUGCAUUUCUAUUUGGGAAAUUUCCAAGAAAGUCGAGACGAUGCAACAGUUGCUGUUCAGUUGGCGCCAACUUUGAUGGAAGCCAUAGAAUACGAUGCCGUGUGCGUUUUGUCGGUUCAGACGAAGAAAUACCUCGCUGUAGUAAUUAAAAUACGGUUGAACUAA